AUGAGCCCCUACAUUGCAUAUUACGCAAACCAAGCUGGUGGAGGAACAGUGGAUAGAUAUACUAAUUUUGGAAGGGUAUUCGUUGGAAGUCCUUAUCAUCGAGGCCAUGGAAUUGGUGCUUUCCUUGGAGGUGUUUUUCGGCGGAUUCUACCCUAUCUGGGAAGCGGAGCCCGAGCUGUCGGUAAAGAAGCUCUCAAUGCGGGUAUUAACGUUGUUGGGUAUGUGGUGACAAAUGGCAAGCCUUUAAAGCUCACUGGCCGUGGAUCUGCCAAGACAUCCAAAACUCGGAAGAAUAAAAAGAAGAGACCCGCUGCAUACAAAAAAAGCAAGAAAUCGGAGUUGGACCUAUUUACCAUAUCACCUACCCAAACAAGUAUUGAAAAUUCUCAAUUUGUUUAUUACAAUCCUGUGUCUACGCUGUCCGACGAUGCCCCAAUUGAAUUCAUCGUACCAGGCCAUGGAGAAGAAUAUAUUGAUUUGGCACACACCAUGAUCAAAGUUCGCGCCAGAAUCCUGAAACCCGAGGGCACUGCUGCUCUAGACGACUCUGUUGGUCCUGUGAAUAAUUUUUUACAUUCAAUGUUUAACCAGGUGGAUGUAUAUUUCAAUCAAAAGGUUGUUACGCCUCCAAAUAAUCUGUACGCCUAUAGAGCAUACAUUGAAACAUUACUGAACUAUGGAACAGAUGCAAAGUCCUCACAUCUUGGAAUGUCACUUUGGGCUACGGAUAGCUAUGGUGCAAUGGAUUCUACUGCUGUAGCGGCAGGCGAUGCGAGAACCAACAAUGGGCUAGCGGCACGUCAGGCAUUUACUAAAGGUGGAAAAACAUUUGAUCUACUGGGACAUUUACAUUGUGACGUGUUCAAUCAAGAUAAGUUUUUGAUGAAUGACGUAGAGUUACGCGUUCGUCUUAUCCGUGCAAAGGAUGCCUAUUGUCUUAUAGACGAUAGUGCCCUGAGAUAUAAGGUGCAUAUAGAGGAAGCCUCCUUGAUAGUUCGCCGUGUGAAACUCAGCCCUGGAAUUUUGAUAGCUCACGCUAAAAUGCUUGCAAAGACAACUGCGAAAUAUCCCUUGACACGGGUGGAGGUCAAAUCCUUUGUUCUCCAUAGGGGGAUUAUGGGAGAGACAAUAGACAAUGCCAUUUUGGGGAAAGUGCCUAAAAGAAUCAUACUGGGAUUUGUUGAAAAUGCCAGUUUCAACGGAUCGAGGAAGAAGAAUCCCUUCAACUUUCAAAAUUUUGGGAUAAACUUUUUAUGCCUGAAUGUCGAUGGACGUCAAGUACCUACAAAACCUCUGCAACCGAGUUUCAUCUCUGCCGUCUGCCUAGAUGUGGAGGCAUUCAACACCCUAUUUUCUGUUCGCUUCCAUGGAGCAACAGAGAAGAAUAUAAAUUGCGUGUUCUACGCCGAAUAUGACAAUUUGCUAGAAAUUAAUUCCACAAGGCAGGUUAUUGUCGACUACAGCGGGUGA